CGAGGUGCGGAACAAAUGUUCGCCGAACACGUGUUUCCCUCGGACAAUAGUGAAUGGUGCACACUUGCUUCGCCAAGCCACAGAACCAAAAAGUCCCAUUUAAUUUGGUGUAAAAAUUAGAAAUAUAUAUUUGACUCCUCUUUAGUGCAAGCGGCUAAUGAGACGUCCAACAUCCCAUCGGUCUUUAUCCCAUCAGUGAGAACAGACAUUGUACAAACAUCUUCUCAUUGAACAACAGGAGUGACGCUUCAGGAUGGUGACGGAGGAGCCACAGCCCUUCCACAUUAAAGAGGAAGACGAGGCACCAGGGACCCCUCACUUGAAAAAGGAAGAGGAGGAACGCACAAUCAGUCAGGAGGGAGAGCAGCUUGAAUGUUUGGAGGAGUUCCCAGUGACUGGUGUCCCUGUGAAGAGUGAAGAUGAUGAAGUCAAAAGUGAAAGUGAGGAGAAGAGAGAGGCGGAGCCUCCAAGCAGCAGCUCAACUCAACACAUGACAACAGAAGCUGAUGGAGACCACUGUGGAGGAUCACAAGCAGACAAGCUCUUAGCUCCACUAUCAGAUAGUGAGGACACAACGUCACACUCUCCUGACACUGAUGAUGAAGAUUUUAAAGAUGAUAAGACAUGUCACACUGACAACACACACUUCACGUGUUCUCACUGCGACAAAACCUUUAAUGACCGUCGCAAUAUGAAAAGACACAUGAGAACACACACUGGAGAAAAGCCAUUCAUGUGCUCAGUUUGCAGUAAAAGAUUCUCCCAGAAGGAAACUUUAGUAAGACACAUAAGAAUACACACUGGAGAAAAACCUUUUUCAUGUUCAGUGUGUGGUAAAGGUUUUAUAGGAAGUGGUGAUUUGAAAGUACACAUGAGAAUACACACUGGAGAAAAACCUUUUACCUGUUCUGUAUGCGGUAAAGGUUUUAUACAAAGUCACUAUUUGAAAAUACACAUGAGGAUCCACACUGGAGAAAAACCUUUUUCAUGUUCAGCGUGUGGUAGAGGUUUUAUACAAUGUGGUGAAUUAAAUGUACACAUGAGAACACACACUGGAGAAAAAACAUUUAUGUGCCUAAUUUGUAGUAAAAGAUUCACCCAGAAGGCAAAUUUGAUCAUGCACACAAGAAUACACACUGGUGAAAAACCUUUUAUCUGUUCAGUCUGCGGUAAAGGUUUUAUACAAAAUGGUGAUUUAAAAAGACACAUGAGAAUACACACAGGUGAUAAAAUGUUGAGUUGCAGUGUGUGUGGUGAAAGAUUCUCCUAUAAGUACCAGUGUAAGAAACACAAGUGUGCUGGUGAGAACAGCAGCAGCAAAUGAAGAUGCAGGAUUGGAAAUAGAUUGUCAAAACGUUGACUUUGACUUUCUAACAACAUCAGCACAUACAAAACCCAAAAUCAGUGAAAUUGGCACGUUGUGUAAAUGGUAAAUAAAAAGAGAAUACAAUGAUUUGCAAACUCUUUUCAACUUAUAUUCAAUUGAAUAGACUGCAAAGACAAUAUAUAUAAUGUUUGAACUGAGAAACUAUUACUAGUACCCGCACUCUUUUACUAUGAAGCCACGCUGUUGUAACACGUGCAGAAUGGCUUGGCAUUGUCUCGCUGAAAUAAGCAGGGGUGUCCCUGAAAAAGACAUUGCUUGGAUGGCAACAUAUGUUGCUCUAAAAUCUGUAUUUACCAUUCAGCAUUAAUGGUGCCUUCACAGAUGUGUAAGUUACCCAUGACUUGGGCACUAAUACACCCUCCAUACCUUUUGAAAUGUGUACCUAUAACAGUCCGAAUGGUUCUUUUCCUCUUUGGUCCGGAGGACACGACGUCCAGUUUCCAAAAACAAUUUGAAAUGUGGACUCGUGAAACCACAGAACACUUUUCCACUUUGCAUCAGUCCAUCUUAGAUAAGCUCGGGCCCAGCGAAGCCGGCAGCGUUUCUGGGUGUUGUUGAUAAAUGGCUUUGGCUUUGCAUAGUAGAGUUUUAACUCGCACUUACAGAUGUAGCGACAAACUGUAGUUACUGACAGUGGUUUUCUGAAGUGUUCCUGAGCCCAUGUGGUGAUAUCCUUUACACACUGAUGUCGCUUUUUGAUGCAGUACCGCCUGAGGGACCGAAGGUCACGGGGCAUUGCCGCUUACGUGCAGUGAUUUCUCCAGAUUCUCUGAACCUUUUGAUGAUAUUACGGACCGUAGAUGGUGAAAUCCCUAAAUUCCUUGCAAUAGCUGGUUGAGAAAUGUUGUUCUUAAACUGUUCGACAAUUUUCUCACGCAUUUGUUGACAAAGUGGUGACCCUCGCCCCAUCCUUGUUUGUGAACGACUGAACAUUUCAUGGAAUCUGCUUUUAUACCCAAUCAUGGCACCCACCUGUUCCCAAUUAGCCUGUUCACCUGUGGGAUGUUCCAAAUAAGUGUUUGAUGAGCAUUCCUCAACUUUCCCAGUCUUUUUUGCCACUUGUGCCAGCUUUUUUGAAACAUGUUGUGCAGGCAUCAAAUUCCAAAUGAGCUAAUAUUUGCAAAAAAUAACGUUGACCAAAUACUGCACGCAAAGCGGUGAUGAGUGUUGAUAAAUCACAUUGCGUGUGCUGUAUAAUAUAUUUGCAUUUUCUCCUCCCAGUAUUGUGGGUGUUUUGAUAAUUAGCAUUUAUUUUGUAUAUUUCAUUCAUUAUUAAAAGUGGAUUGCAUGUCUUAUUCUGCUCACUUAAAGGACCACUUUGCACACGUUGAAUAGAUCAGCUUUGCGUGUGUGCUAUCAAGUUUGCACAUGUUUUAGUACACGCACGCCUUUAGUAAAUUAGGCCCUUUGUGUAUAUGGUACUACAGUGUGUGUAUAUGGUACUACAGUGUGUGCAUAUGGUACUACAGUGUGUGUAUAUGGUACUACAUAUAGUAUGCUACUACACUACACUAGUUCUUUCUGUGAUGGGGACACAGAAUCAACAGUACAUUUAUUUGAUGAAUGUAUGUACAGUAAAGUUCUGUGGGAUGAUGUACAUUAUUGACUUUUCUCUAACAUUCCAAACUUGCCCAUGUUCUGAAAUUGAUAUUGUUUUGAGGAUUCUAAGAAAGGAAAAUAAACACGAAAAUGUU